AUGGAAAACGAAGUGAAGCAGCGCAAUCAGAGAAACAGGCGAAGGGAACGGGCACAGCGCAUGCAAGCACAGCGAGAGAGUAAAGUUAAGGAUGGGGACAGCGGUGAGGACGAGUCUCCGGCGAGAGAAAAGCCACCUCGUCCUCCGGCCAGGAGAAAGAAGUCCAAAGAGCCUCUCGGAGAGGAGGACAUCAUUGAUGGUUUCGCCAUAAUGGCAUUUCGCACAUACGAAGAUCUCGAGGCUGCUGUAAAAUUCGCUUCCUCACCUCGUACCAACGCGCUGUCAACAAAGCCACGACUACCGUUGGCUGCGCUUGCAGGCGAUGCAACCCGCAACCACGCCACCGGCAACGUCAACUCACAUGGUAUAACGCUGCUUCACGACGCUGGUACGUCGGAUGACAGUGGAAGAGCAUCAGAACGACUCACGGGCAGUUCGGUGGCACCUCGCGAUCCCGAUUCCUCCCGUGAUCGUCUUAGCGACGCCAGUAGCCGCUGUAGUUCCGGAAAAGGCUAUAUCUGUGAUAGUGAGGGCGACGAUGACAAGUUCUUAAAAGUUACCAUAGUGAGGAUCAAAGAUUCACCCAAAAGCAAUGCUGAAGGUGGUAGCAAAAAAGAAGGCAAGAAAAAAAGCAACAAACAGAAGACCGAAAGCAUCGGGUCGGUGAUUACUAAUAAAAACGAAAAGACAUCGUCUGCACCCAUUAAAACGGAAAAAGAAAAUUCUAAACUAACACCAGCGAAGGAUGAAACUGUAAAUGAGGCGAGCCCUGAAAAUAGCAGAAAUGCUUCACCGAGAUAUCAUGAUGCAUCAAUGGAUGAUGCAUCAGAUGCUGGUUCUCUGUUCCGUGUCGCAAGUGUGGGUGGUGGUGGCGGCGGCAAGAAUGAGCUAGUUGCGCGCGGUGGGAGCGGCGGCGCGCUGGCCUUGUCGCGAGCGCCAGUCGGCGGCAGCGCCAGCCCAGCACCCGCGCCCCUACCGCAACCAGCGCCGUCGCCAGCCCCCGCGGCGCUACCUCCGCCUGCACUACCACCGCCUCAUUUCAGAGCCGAUACACCUCAUCGCCCCAAUGGCGCUCACAUACCUGCCAUUGAUGGCCAUGCUGCGACUCAAAUUCCGGCGCGACCCGUUGGUGCAGCGGGACCGGAUACUCCGGAACGGCCUGCAAGCAAUAACAAACUGCAACCGGGAGCUCGUGCAGCCGCCGAUAGCCCAACUCCGGCACCGCCCGCUCCCCCAGCUCCCUCGCCACUGUUUCCGUCGCACACCGCUUACCAGGCACACGCUGCUGCUGCGCUUCCUGAUUACCGCCAUACUAAUCAUGAGACGCGAACCGAGCAGCCGUCGACUGAACAGCCACACGCACCACUCGAUCUUCACGCUCAUCACGCUACACCGCGGGCGCCUCACAUGGCUUCCCCUGCGACGCCCGCAUCCCAUCCUAGUCUCCCUACUCGUGUACCCCACACGCAGGCUCAUCCUGUAAUGCCCGGUCACGAUGUUCGAAAUGCAUCUCCGGUUUCUCAGACUCUUCCCUCUGUUCCUACCUCCUAUCCCAAUCGUAUCGUGUCAAAUGGCGUGCCACAAAAUAUAUCGUCGCAAUUACCGACUGCAUCUACUCCCAGUAGUCUUCCGAGUCAAACACAGUCAGGGCGGUCUAUGUCUCCUUCCAAUGCAUCACGACCAUACCCCCCCACCCCGACGAUCGCGUCUAGUCAUGUAAACUCAAGUAUAAAUUCCAGUAUUCACAGCCAUUCGAUACCUUAUCAAGGUCAAUCGAGUUUACAGAAACAUUCCGUACAGCCUGUGUAUGCUAGUCGACCUUCCCAUCACACAGCAUUUAGCGUGGCGAAUCACAUAUCGGCAAAUCAUUUGCCUUCAUCGACUUCUAAUCCAGUGACUGCGACACAAUUUAGCCAUCCUCUCAUUAGCCAUAGCAUUAUGACGCAUCAGAACAAUAUUCAAAUGAGCAGCACGAAUCCACUAGCGACAUCUACACCAAAUCAUAUAAGCUCACCUCUUCUCUCAAACGCCACGACGACGAGUACUAUAUCCAAUUUUACGCCGAGUCUUAAACAUUCAGGACCAAGCGUGCCUCCUCAUUCGGCUCAAUUAGCACCGGUGGUGUCGUUACAUCAACCAAUGAACCACAUUGAUCCUUCGACUUCCAAUGCCCCUGCAAUCAUAACGUCAUCAUCAAGCAGCAGCAAUAUAAGCCAUUCUUUGGCACCGCCAAUUGUAGACUCUAGGCAGUUACCGGUAGCGAAUGAAGUACCAUCUCGUUCGGAAAACUUUGCCGUCUCCUCUGCAAUAGCUACUAACGGCUACCCUCCUCCUGCGGUAUACACGGGCAACUCCUAUCCGACAUUAUAUGCACCGUAUGCUCCUACGCUACAGCACAGUCCCUACCUACCACCAUCUGCUGCUUCACCUAGAAAUUCGGCCGAUACGAGAACAAGUUUGUCGGCAUCGCCGUUAGUUGCACCCAAAACUCCUAAAGGUCUGAGGCCACACACACCGGGUUCACUGGGCGGCGCGGGUGCGCACGCGCCACUGUCAUACUCCCCACGAGGCCACAGUCCCAACAGGGAACGAGAGAGUUUCAGCAACAUUAGCAGUUUAUCGCGUAGCACGCCAGCAUCGGGAGGUACAAGUGCGGCACCUACAGUGUCGUCGGCACUGACGGCUCCGCUCGCCGCGCCACUAGCUGCUCCACUCGCCGCUCCACUGGCCGCGCCGCUGCCUGCUCAGUUACCUGGACCGGUUCCUACAAUAGGCAGUUCCCUAGGAUCGCUUAGUACUGGAUUAAGUUCGAUCGGAGGUCUUACGGGGCUGGCUGCUCCCACGCCGACAGCACCGACGCCGGCCGCACCCCACUUGUCACAUUCCCUCGCGCCAGUACCUACAGUUCCCAGUAUCAGCUCGAGCGCGAAGCCGCCUGCGCACUGGGGUGUAACCAGACCGUCGGCUACGGAUCGACCGGCUGGGUUCGCGCCAGCACCACCGUUGUUCGGUGCGCCGCUUGCUCCGCCUAACCCCAACCCUUUCUCAGCAGAAUCACUGUUUCAAACUAGUCCCGGCGCCGAUCUUCUCCGGCGCGAGCUCGACAGCCGCUUCCUGGCGGCGGCGGGCGCGGUGGGCGUGCGCACGGAGCUGCACCACCACCAGCACCAGCACACGCACGUGCACCAGCACCCGCCCGCCACGCACGCGCACGCGCACGCGCCGCACGCGCCCCACGCGCCGCACGCGCCGCACGCGCCGCCCGCCCCGCACCACCCGCACCAGCUGCUGGUGCCUCACGCGCCUUUAUUCAAGGAUGUUGGAAAGAUGACAUCGUUGUAUCGAACUGGUCUCGGACUUGGCUACCCCUACUCGUCGAGUCUCUUGCAUCCAACUGCACCAUACGUACCACCAGCGCCCCUUACCUCUUAUGCUCCUAAGCCCGUAGUGUCCGCAGCAAGCGACUCCGCCACUAAACUACCACCGCGUCCUGCUGUUAUGAAAACCGGCAAGUGGAACGCAAUGCACGUUCGAAUCGCCUGGGAAAUCUACAAUCAUCAACAGAAGGAAAAGUCCGGAGGAGCCAGCGUGUCCGUCAGCAACGCCGAAAAGGAUAAACUUCGCGCAUUCCCCGCCCCGGCACCGCCUCCGCCGCCGACUUAUCGCUCACCGUACGAGCUACCGCCCGGUCCCUACCUGCCGCAUCACGCGCCCCUAGGGGUGUCACCGUUCGGGCGGUACGGCGCCGGUCCCUUUCCUGGAGCGCCCACCCCGUUCGGCCUCUCGGCGUACGGGCGUGAACUCGCUCUCUCGUCGUCGCUGCACGGCGUCCACCACGGUCCGCCCAUGGGCUCGCUGCACGACGCGUGGCGCGGCGUGCGCCCGCCCGUGUCCGCCGCCGCGGAGGUGCGCCGCGAGCACGAGGAGCGCGAGCGGGCGCGGCGCGAGCGAGAGGAGCGCGAGAGACGAGAUCGCGAAGAGCGAGAGCGAAGAAAGGCGCGUGAGCAGCGCGAGCGCGAUCUCGAGAGGGUGCGGACGCGUUCCCCGCUGCGAAACGGCGUCCCGGAGACUUCGAAAGACGAUCGCAAGGAACCUCCGCGGCCUCCGCCCACUCUGCCCGCGUAUCCGCCGCCUCCCCACUGGGAUCCGUAUCGCGCGUUCGAUCCGUUGCAACACAUGAGAUUCGCACCGCUAGUCGAAGCGGCGAUACGUGCAGAGGAGGACCGUGCAAAGAUGCUGAGCGCUUACGCCCAUCAUCAGCAGUUGAAGUCGAGUCCGCUCCUGCAUCGCUCGCUGCCGGGCGCGCCGCUGCCGCCGCUGGGCGCGCACGCGCCGCUGGCCCCGCUGGCGCCGCUCGCGCCUUCGCUGGCUCCGCUGGCGCCGCUCGACCUGCUCAAGAAGGAGGAACCGCGAUGAUAGCGACCGCCCGCGACCUGCCGCUCUCCGUGUACAUAGCUUAACUUAAAUGACAUCACCGAGUGAGAGUACGACUAUUUCGAAGUGAACCGUUUCACACUAUCGGCAUAGAAAAUUAUUUAUUGUAACGUCGCUUUCGAAAUGACCGUCGCUCGUCUCGCCGGUCUUGACGCGUUCGACUCUUAGUGUAAUAUUAAAUCGUAAAGUAGCCGAGUGGAAUCGUAAUUCGGACGCGUCGGAUGGAAGUUGUCGAUGGCGAGGCGACCACUAGCAGAGCAAAUGGAAUGAGCGAUCGCUCAAGUGUAAUGUGCAAUAUAAGACGAAAACGAUGGCGCGGAACGCGCCAGCCUGUACACUACUGCUUGUUUAUUUACAUGAAAAUAUCUAUCGAGUUGUUAUUGUGACCAUUAUUAGUUAAUUAUACAUUAAAUCGCUGAUUAUGUGAAAAAUAGGGUUAUCGAGAUCGCUAUCGAUAUAAUUAUACAUAUUUAUAUAUACCUAUAAAUAAAAUGUAAAUAGUAGUUUGUAAAUUAGUGUUAAAAUAUAGAAUUGGUUUAUUUAACGUCAUACAAAGGAAAAAUCCCAUAAAUUAUUAUUCUACCGGGAGUAUAAUUUUCACUUCCGUUAAAAAUCUCAUAAUGGUUUUUCAAUUGUACCAGUGGUUAAUUAUUUAUUUAUUUAUUUUAUUAAACUCUUUUUCUUUCUUCUGAUGAGAUUGAUUACAAUUUCGUUACAUAUUAUAGCAGAUGACAUUUCUUAAUGCAUUUAAAAUGUGAUAUUAUUGUAUUGUGAAAAUAACAUUUUGUCUGACUUUAAAGUAGUGUCUAUUUGCAGCUAGAUAAUAUAUUAACAGUAAUAAAUUAAUUCAUAUUAUCGCGUUAUCUACUUCCUAAACUUUUUGAAUUAGUUUUGACGAUAAUAGCAAGUUGACCAAGUGUUUGGUUUGUAAUAAUUAACUACAUGUGCCAUUAAAAUGUAAUUUAAUAAUGGACGUUAAGUCAGACAAAAUUAAAAUUAUGAUUAUUAUAACCUGUUUUAAGGCACAUUGAAUAAUUGUGUUCCAUGAUUUCCUGAAGGGUAACUCAAAAAUGUAUUAUAGUUUAUAAAAAAUCAUUCUGUAUACUAAAAGUAAAUGAAAGCUUGGUGCGAUUCAGAAAAUACCAUUAAAACUUUUGAUUUUUAUACCAA